GCAUUAAUAAUCAAAACUUUUGACUUUGGAGGUGCUAGUUUGAACAGUGAAAAUGAUGUUCAACAAAAUGGAGAAUUGUGUUUUUGGCUCGAGAGAGAGGACGACUGAUGAAGGUCCGCUGCUAGUGCGGUAUCGUAGUCACUUUCGAUUUCCGCAACAGUCAGAGUCUUAUCUCUUGUCUGCACCGAAAAUAGGUCUCAACGCAAGCCAAGCAGAUGAGCAAAAGUUCAACUUUUUGGCGAGUUCCGGUGCUGCUUGUCCUUCGGCUGGUGUCCGCCUAAUCGAGUCGACGGAUGUGGUAGCACCAGAUCCCGUUGUAAGUCCUUCAGCUAUAUCAAAAGCAUCGAGAUUAAGUGUUCCUGUUCCUCGUGCGCAACAGCAAGGCAAGGGACAAGACGGCUUUGGUGAGCAGAACAACAGAUCAUCGUUUUUUGCACGGUUCAGCAGUCAGUACGGAGAUGAGAUGCAAUUUGACUUCUCACAUGUGAGACCGUCGGCUGCAUCCUUGUUCUUUUCAGAAGAUCAACUACAAGGAACUAGUCUUCUUGACCUCGACUACAGUCCGAGAAUGGCUGCCGCGGAGGCGUCGCCCUUAUUUCGACAAUCGCAAACUAGUACUACUCGCUUAUCCAGCCCGUCCAUAUUUGUCGCUCGGCCAUCUGACAAACUGUCCUUGUCAAGACUAUCGCGCCAAAGCUUUGGGCCUUUUCAAUCCGGUGGGAUUGCAAUACUCGAAAAGGAUUCGGGUAAUUUUGAUGGAGUCGUGGAUAUAUUCCCGACGAGCGCAGUAAGUACAGGCUUGCAUGGAUUCGACGCUAAUGACCACACCAUGCCCGAAAGAAGCGUCGACAGCAAAGCAGACGAAAGGAUGGUAGAAAAUGGCGAUGGAGACCCCAACGGCGAAGUAGGAAGACAAAAGCCAAUAGCCUUAGCUCCCUUGGGCGAGGACGAGCCUGCUGUGAAGGAGAUGAAAGUAGACAGUCACUCAGAGUUCUUAAGCCCAGCAUUUCCCAACCUCGGCGAGGAUCUUAAAGACAAUAAGCCCCCCGACGCUGUCAUUACAAUCAUUCCCUCCCAAAAUAAGAGCAAGAGGAAAGUGAGUAUAGCAAAUCCCCCAGAACACGAAAUGGUGCACUGGAGCAGUAGUGAGCUCGACAAUAGAACCGUUGAAAUUUGGUUUAACCCACAACAAGCGGAGGUUUACCAAGGACCUGUUGAUGCGUUAUCUGGUGAUCCUAGUGGGCGUGGCAGCUUAACUUCAAGUGAUGGCGCUAUAGUUUAUAAUGGCGAUUUUGAAAAUGGUGUCCCGCACGGACGUGGAACCUUGGAAAAUAUAGGGGUCUUCCAUUACGAGGGUCUUUUCCAGAACGGGACAUUUCAUGGGCAUGGAACGUUGAAAUAUUUUGAGAGUCCCCUAGAGGAUGUUCGGCAAGAAAAUCGUGGCACAGCUAAGGUGAAUCAAAAACAGUCAGCAUCAGAACCGGGAGAAACAGUAAGCACCUCGAGGUAUGAUGGCGCAUUCAAGAAUGGUUUGCCACACGGGUGGGGAAGCUUCUACUUUCCAAAUGGUGACAUCUAUACUGGCGCCUUUGAGAAUGGAAUGCCUGCUGCUAAAGAAAGUCUCUAUGAAUACGAGAAUGGAGAUUGCUACAAAGGAAACCUAGCAACAAUUGCUUUGAAAUCUGCCAAAAAAUCCUCAAGUAAUAGAAUUAGAAGUGCUAAAGGUAAUUAUGUUGACAGCGCGAAAAAUGAUAACUCCAAUAACCUUGAAAAAGGCAUAUUCGGGAAUAAGUACGCGACGAGCGACAGAGAGCAAGAUUACCUGAUGCGAAGAACAACAGUGAAUGACGCGGCGUUGAAGAAAGGGCGUGACUUUGGAAGCAUCGCUUUUGCAAACCUGAGCGAACUCGUGACUUUCGAACGAUUACUUGUGACACAUAGUUCUUGAAUUAGAAGCGAAGUGCUGCCGUCCUCGUCGCUGUCGAGUUGCUACUCAUGGUCAG